UGGUGGCUCUGCCAACAUGGCGGUGCAGGCUGUGCACCUGGAGGCGGACGCCUUCCUGGUCUGCCUCAACCACGCGCUGAGCACCGAGAAGGAGGAGGUCAUGGGGCUGUGCAUCGGGGAGGUUGACACCAGCAGAAUUGUUCAUAUUCAUUCUGUGAUUAUCCUGCGCCGUUCAGAUAAGAGGAAGGAUCGAGUGGAGAUUUCUCCGGAGCAGCUUUCAGCUGCUUCUACUGAAGCAGAGAGAUUGGCUGAGAUUACAGGACGUCCCAUGAGGGUUGUGGGCUGGUAUCAUUCUCAUCCACACAUAACUGUCUGGCCGUCUCAUGUGGAUGUUCGCACUCAAGCCAUGUAUCAGAUGAUGGACCAGGGCUUUGUGGGGCUCAUCUUCUCCUGUUUCAUUGAGGACAAGAACACAAAGACGGGCCGGAUACUCUACACCUGUUUCCAGUCAAUUCAGGCUCAAAAGAGCUCAGAGUAUGAGAGGAUUGAAAUUCCUAUUCAUGUUGUUCCCCAUGACACCAUUGGCAAAGUGUGCCUGGAAUCGGCGGUGGAACUGCCCAAGAUCUUGUGCCAGGAGGAGCAAGAUGCAUACAGGAGAAUUCACAGCCUCACCCAUCUAGAUUCUGUAACCAAGAUUCACAAUGGCUCAGUGUUCACCAAGAAUCUCUGCAGCCAGAUGUCUGCUAUCAGUGGUCCCCUCCUGCAGUGGCUGGAGGACAGACUGGAGCAGAACAAACAGCGGGUGCAGGAACUGCAGCGGGAGAAAGAGGAGCUCAUGGAAGAACUAGCUACCCUGGAGUGAAGAGGAAACCCCAGACCCUUUUUAAAAAAAAAAAAAAAAAAA